UCUGAGUUUCUCCACUCUCUCCUGAGCAUCUGAAGCAGAUUGACAGCUUUCACUCUUCAACGCCAAACAGAAAGACAAUAUGUACUACUCCCAGUCCAUCAGCAGCGGAGGCGGCGGCGGCGGCGGCAUGCGCAGCAGCAGCCGAUCCAUGUACGGAGGAUCUGGAGGCUCUGGCGUCAGAAUCUCCUCCGGUGGCUCCACCAUGUCCAUGUUUGGCGGUGGCUGCGGUGGAACUGGCUAUGGCUUCGGCUCUGGUGGCGGAGCAGGCGGUGGCUUUGGCUUUGGCCUUGGCGCAGGAGGAGGUGGUGGUGGUGGUGGUGGUGGUGCUGGUGGCGGCGGCAGCUGCGUGGACAUCUCUGCCAACGAGAAGGCCACCAUGCAGAACCUGAACGACCGCCUGGCGUCCUACCUGGACAAGGUGCGCAGCCUGGAGAAGGCCAACAGCGAGCUGGAGCUGAAGAUCAGACAGUUCCUGGAGAGCAAGGUCGGCCCGUCGGCCAGAGACUACAGCCACUUUUACGUCACCAUCGCAGAGCUGCAGGGGAAGAUCCAGGACGCUACCAGGAUCAACGGCGGCAUCUACCUCUCCAUCGACAACGCCAAGCUGGCUGCCGACGACUUCAGGAUGAAGUAUGAGAACGAGCUGGCCAUGCGUCAGUCGGUGGAGGCUGACAUCGCCGGGCUGAGGCGAGUCCUGGACGAGCUGACUCUGAGCCGGACCGACCUGGAGAUGCAGAUCGAAGGUCUGAAGGAGGAACUCAUCUUCCUCAAGAAGAACCACGAGGAGGAGCUGCUGGCGAUGCGAACGCAGAUGAGCGGCCAGGUGAACGUGGAGGUGGACGCUGCUCCGGCCGUUGACCUCCAGAAGGUCAUCGAGGAGGUCAGGGAGCACUACGAAAACGUCGCCAACAAGAGCCGCAAAGAACUGGAGGCCUGGUUCCACUCCAAGUCAGAAUCGCUGAACAAAGAAGUCGCCGUCAGCACAGAAACGCUCCACUCGUCCAAAUCAGAGAUCACAGAGCUCAAGCGAACACUGCAGGGCCUGGAGAUCGAGCUACAGUCGCAGCUCAGCAUGAAAGGAUCGUUGGAGUCGACUCUGGCCGAGACGCAGGGCCGCUACGCCAUGCAACUGAACGGGUACCAGAUGCAGGUGAGCGGUCUUGAGCAGCAGCUGGUGUCGCUGCGGGCCGACCUGGAGAGACAGGGACAGGAGUACCAGAUGCUGCUGGACAUCAAGACCAGACUGGAGAUGGAGAUCGCCGAGUACAGGAGGCUGCUGGAUGGAGAGGGCGGCGGCAGCGGCGGCGGCAGCGUCGCCAUUUGCACCGCCACCACCCAAAAAACCACCCAAAAAACCUCCAAAACCAAAGUGAUCACGGUCGUAGAGGAGAUCGUGGACGGGAAGGUGGUGAGCUCGUCCUCAGAGACCAUCGAGUAAACCCUGGGAGCUCCAGCAGACAGAAACACGCAAAUAAACACAAUAAAAGUCUGCCAAGGUGCUUCAAAAUAAAA